AUGGCGGAAAAUAAUACCGGAAUUUUAAACUCUGAACAAUGUCCUCAGUUCUUCAAGUUCUACAUGCCUGCGCAUUGCUCUACGCAACUGCGAAUACCACCUGCAUUUCUCAAGUACUUUGGGGAUUCUUUACCCUUCAAGUUUAACCUUAUAACUUGUUCAAGAAACUCAUGGAAGGUGGAUAUGAACAAGAUUGAUGACGAUGUCUACUUCAAAUCCGGAUGGGAGAAAUUCGUGCAAGAUAAUUCCCUCGAAUUUGGUGAUUUCCUCAUCUUUUACUACAAUGGUGGAUCAAAUUUCUUCGUGAGUAUAUCCGGAAAAAACAACUGUUUAAAGGAAAACAACAACACUGAAAGUGAAAAUCAAUCAACACCCAUACAAGAAACAGAAACCGAAACAAACACAACAACUGGUAAUGAACAGAUUGAAGAUAGCAAUUUUUCAUUUGACAUAAAGAUUCAGCCAUGUUAUUUGAGGAAUCAGUACAUGAAUUUACCAAGGGUGUUUUAUGAGGGUGUGAAGGAGGAGUAUAGAUCAAUGGCUAAGCUUCAACAUUUGGGAAGAACAUGGGAUGUGAAAGUGGUUGAUUGUUGUGACAGAAUUAGGUUUACAGAUGGAUGGAGAUUGUUUGCUAUGGAGAAUUGUUUGGGAGUUGGAGAUGUUUGUUGUUUUAAGGUGGUUGAUGUUAAACCUGAAUUUUAUUUACUGGAUGUGUCUUUUUGUAGGGAAAUGUAG